UGGAGUCAGGGCAGAGCGUGAGGGGAGCCGGCGCUGGCGGGCCGACUCGCAGCCGGGCGGGAGCGCGCCGCCGGCCACAGCUAACUGGACUUUCCGACCGGCCCCCAUCCCGAGGCUGCAGCAGCUUCGGUUCCGAGCCUGACUGGAACGGAGCCCGAGUCCCGGCCCCUGAGGGGAUCGCUCUCUGCAGACCAGUGGGACCCCGAAACUUGAACGCAAUACCCCCCCCCCUUUUAUGCCUUCCUUUGUCACUUCCUCACCUUUCUCCCAGCGCGUUCUCCCCCCCCCCCCCCCUUCAUUCUCCCUCCCUCGAAGGACACAAAAGUGGCUGCCGAGGAAAGAUUCGGAGGCAGCGGGAGUUUUUCUCUUCGGAGAGCGACUGUGUGGAAGGGAUUUUUUGGGAAGCUGCUUUUUAACACCUCAGCCCUCUGCCCCCCAGGCCUCCCUGUACCUCCCCGAGGAGAAAAAGCCCGUAGAUUGAAAGUUCCGGGGGGGGGCAUUUUGCUGGAUGCUGUAAGAGGAGUGGGGGGAGGACCCCGUCCUCGUCCCGGUAGUUGGCUGGACUUGUACCGGCCGUUGGAAACCCCGAAGUACAUACCCGAGCGGGACUUUACAGAUCUCUAUUUUUAGAUUUUUUAAAAAUAUCAGAUAAAAAAAAAUAUAUGCUUUCUAUAUAUUUCCUGACGACCUGCCCCUGACAGCGCGAUGUACAAUACGGUGUGGAGUAUGGACCGCGAUGACGCAGACUGGAGGGAGGUGAUGAUGCCCUAUUCGACAGAACUGAUAUUUUAUAUUGAAAUGGAUCCUCCAGCUCUUCCACCAAAGCCACCUAAGCCAAUGACUUCAGCCAUUACAAAUGGAAUGAAGGACAGUUCUAUUUCUCUUCAGGAUGCAGAAUGGUACUGGGGGGAUAUCUCAAGGGAGGAGGUAAAUGACAAAUUAAGGGAUAUGCCAGAUGGUACGUUCUUGGUCAGAGAUGCCUCAACAAAAAUGCAGGGGGAUUACACCUUGACUUUGCGGAAGGGAGGCAAUAAUAAGUUAAUAAAGAUCUAUCAUCGAGAUGGUAAAUAUGGCUUUUCUGAUCCUCUGACAUUUAAUUCUGUGGUGGAGCUCAUUAACCACUAUCAUCAUGAAUCUCUUGCUCAGUACAAUCCCAAACUUGAUGUGAAGCUAAUGUACCCAGUGUCCAGAUACCAACAGGACCAAUUGGUAAAAGAAGACAACAUUGAUGCAGUUGGUAAAAAACUGCAAGAGUACCACUCUCAGUAUCAGGAAAAGAGUAAAGAGUAUGACCGGCUAUAUGAAGAAUAUACCAGAACAUCCCAGGAAAUACAGAUGAAGAGGACUGCAAUUGAAGCCUUUAAUGAAACAAUUAAAAUAUUUGAAGAGCAAUGUCACACACAAGAACAACAUAGCAAAGAAUAUAUCGAGCGAUUUCGCAGAGAGGGGAAUGAAAAGGAAAUUGAACGAAUUAUGAUGAAUUAUGACAAAUUGAAAUCACGUCUGGGUGAGAUUCAUGAUAGCAAAAUGCGUCUAGAGCAGGAUUUGAAGAAACAAGCUUUGGACAACCGGGAAAUAGAUAAAAAAAUGAACAGUAUCAAACCUGAUCUGAUCCAGCUGCGCAAGAUCCGAGAUCAGCACCUUGUAUGGCUCAAUCAUAAAGGAGUGAGACAGAAGCGUCUAAAUGCCUGGCUAGGAAUCAAGAAUGAGGAUGCUGAUGAGACCUAUUUUAUCAAUGAGGAAGAUGAAAACCUGCCCCAUUAUGAUGAGAAAACCUGGUUUGUUGAGGAUAUCAAUCGAGUACAAGCAGAGGACUUGCUUUAUGGGAAACCUGAUGGUGCAUUUUUAAUUCGUGAGAGUAGCAAGAAAGGAUGUUAUGCUUGCUCUGUGGUUGCCGAUGGGGAAGUGAAGCACUGUGUGAUCUACAGCACUGCUCGGGGCUAUGGCUUUGCAGAGCCCUACAACCUGUACAGCUCCCUGAAGGAGCUGGUGCUCCAUUACCAGCAGACGUCCCUCGUGCAGCACAACGACUCCCUCAACGUCAGGCUUGCCUACCCUGUCCACGCACAGAUGCCCUCACUCUGCAGAUAAAGAGGGAGUGGGAAGAGAGAUGCUAAAUCUUGGCCAUGACUCAGGACUGUGUAGGCUGUGUCCUUACCACCGAUUUGGCCGAGGUUGAGGACUUCGUAACACCUCCCCUACUCCAUCUCCAAGCCUUGAUGGGACCUCCCACUUACUCUGGACCUCAUGUGCUCUAAAGAAGCUUUGAUAGCCAAUGUGGUGUCUUCCAUAGGUCUCCUCUUCUUGCUGCAAGGAGCCAGCCUCAUGGGUCCUCUUGGCCAAGAAUUGCAUCUGGACAAUUCCUGGUUUUCAAGGCGGUCUCUGUUGCCAGUUUAGACUCCAGAGUAGGCCUCUGUGAGGCUUCUGUGGCCUCAAAGCAGAGGGUGCAGAUGGAGGCCCGGCUGAGCCCUCUGCUGUCAACUGCUCAUCCUUGCUCUAGCUCUAGCUCUAGCCACUUGUGACAAACAACCUUGUUUCCUUACAAAUUCCAGCAUGACUUUGGUGCCCUGUUGUUACUUGUGAAAAAUCUACUUUUCUGUUGUCUUUGAUGUAGUAAAAAAAAAAAAAAAAAAAUGUAGUUUACGUAAAAAUAUCUGAUUCACAAA